GUGAUGGGUUGUGCAUAAGUGAAAGAUUAAAAUAAACUUCCAGAUUCUAAGACUCCUAGAACCUCAAGUUCUAGAUAAGCUGCUUCAUUAUCAAUUUAUCAUCCAUUUGCGUUUGAAGAGACUGAAAAUUUAGAGUCGGAUUAUAUUCUUCACAAAUUAGAUCCACUAGCUAGUAUUAAUUAUAUAUAUAUGAUUAUAGCUUAAAGAAGCUAUAUAAUGAAGGGUGUUUCUAAGUAAAACAGCAUUUCAAGAAUUGUAAGGGUUUAUAAAUAUGAAAUUAUAAAGAACGAAUCACUUUCAGAAUUCGAAGAGAAUAUAAAAAAUUUAUUGAAGUUGGUAUUUGCUGUAUUUAAAACUUUAGAAACAUUUGAAUAUUUAAGGCACUAUAUCUUACUAUUUUAAUUAAAGAAAAAUAAGUUUGAUAGGUGAGUAUUUGGAUGGUGGAAAUAUGUUAGUAAGAUUGGAUGCAUUUAGUUAAUUGCCAUAAUAUGCAAUGAUAGAAAUAUUUUGUUAAAUUAUGGCAGGUUUGCAUUAUCUACAUGAGAAUUAAAUUACUCAUGGGUAAAUAAUAAAUAAAUAUUAGGGAUAUUCGUUUAGAACAUAUUAUGUUUACAAAUAAAUCUUUGGAUAAGAUUAAAUUAAUUGAUUUUGGUAUAUCUAAUACUAUAAAGUAAAAGAUUUCUAAUUGGAAACCAACCUCAACAAUAAAUGAAUUAUCAUUUAGAUCACCUGAAUCUAUUAAAGGUUAAACAACCUUCAAAUCUGAUAUUUGGUCAUGUGGUUGUCUUCUCUAUUUCUUCCUCACAUCUCAUAUGCCAUUUUAAGCAAAUAAUUUAUAAUCUUUGAAGAAUUCUAUCUUAAGAGGAAUACCAAAUUUUGAUGGUCAAGAGUGGAAUAAUAUCAAUCCUAUUAUGAAAAAAUUGAUUACUUAAAUGUUACAUCCAAAUCCUUUUCAUAGACCAACAGCUCUUUAAGUUUUAAACCAUGAUGUUUUUAUUGGAAGAGCUAGAAUUCUCAAAAAUCCCAAUAAGUAAUUACAAAGACAUAUGCGUUAAUUCAAAGUAUUCAUCUAAUCUAUCUAAAAGAUAUCUUCUUAACUAUAAACUGCUAUGCUUGUUUACAUUGCAGAAAACUUAAUGUCUGAAUAAGAUAAAACUAUGCUAAUGGAUGAAUUCAUGAAAUUUGAUUUAAAUAAGGAUGGAUUAUUAACGAAGGAAGAGUUACUUAAUGUAUAUUCCAGAACUUUACCACAUGAAAGAGCAUUAAAAGAAGUUAAUGAGAUUUUCAAAAAAAUUGAUGUAAAUGGAAGUGGUAAAAUAGAUUACUAAGGUAUAACUUAAUUAUGAAAAGGCAGAGUUUGUUAUAGCAACGAUUGAUCAAAAGAAAUAUUUCAACAAAGAAAAAUUAAUGAUGAUUUUUUAAUAAAUUGACAGUGAUCAUAGUGGUUAAUUAAAUAAGGAAGAACUAAAAAAAUUGUUAAGAGAUAUAUAGAUUCCUUAAAAAAAAUAUGAAUAGCUAUCUAAAUAAUUGGAUUAAAAUGGAGAUGGAUAAAUCAAUUAAGAAGAGUUCUUAAGAAUGAUGCUUUAAAUUUGA